AUGAGGCGGAGGAUGGUGAUCAAGACGGUGCUGACCGACCUCAGGCAGCAGCGGAAGGUGAUCAAAGCCGUUUCCACUCUCUAUGGUAUCGACGCGAUUACUGUGGACUUGCGGCUCGGGACGAUCACCGUCAUCGGCGUCGUCGACCCCGUGCACGUCGUGGGUGAGCUGCGAAGGUUGUUUGGGAUUGCUGAGAUCAUCUUGGUCGGGCCCGCCGAGUAUGAGGAGAAGAAGAAGAAGGAUGAGGACGAGAAGAAGAAGAAGGAGGCGGAGGAGAAGAAGAAGAAGGAGGUGGAGGCUCCUCGGUAUGAGUGGCCAGUCGGGUUCUUGAACAGCAUCACAGACAAUUUCUCCGAGGAGCGCAUCAUUCGCCGUGGUCGGCAUGGAGUAGUCUACAAGGGAGUGCAGGACAAUGGGGUAUGCAUUGCUGUGAAGAAGCUUCAUCUCAUGCCGGGAAUUGACAACGAGGAAUUCAUAAAUGAGUUUCAUAAUGUUGUGAGGGCCCGACAUCAAAAUACCAUACUAUUACUUGGUUACUGCCAUCAUACAGCACAAGUUCUUGUUGAGCACAAUGGAAAACAUGUUUCAGCUAUAGUGGAAGAAAGAUCUUUAUGCUCUGAAUACUUGCAAGGAGGAAGCCUUGACAACCAUCUUUCUAAUGAACCAUGUGCACUUGCUUGGCACACAUGUUACAAAAUAAUUAGAGGGAUAUGUGAGGGUUUACAUUACCUUCACAAAGGAGUUGAGUAUCCUAUUUACCAUCUGGAAUUAAAACCUACAAAGAUUUUUCUGGAUAACUACAUGAUGCCCAAAAUUGGAGGUUUUGGCUUCUCUAGACUCUUUGAUACAACGGAAACCUUCAAUACAUCAGAAGUUGCGCGAACAAGUGUAUACAUGCCACCAGAAUACAUCAGCAAACGGCAAAUCACACCAAAAUUUGAUGUAUUCAGUCUGGGCAUUAUAAUCUUGCAAAUAAUGGCAGGAAAGGAGAGCUACACCAAAUAUGCAGAUAUUCCUCCCAAAGAAUUUAUUGAACAUGUAUAUGGAUUAUGGGUAAAUAGGAUGCAGGGCACAAUAUCGAAGGAUACUUCAUGUGAAGUUAGAACAUGCAUCGAAAUAGCUCUAAAAUGUGUGGAGUCCAGUCAAGUGAAGAGGCCUACUAUAAAGCAGAUCAUACAAAGACUGAACAAGAUUGAUAUUGUUGAGUGCUCAUCUAUAGGUGAACUAUAUAGGACAAGGGAGUUUGCAUUUGAGUUCUUAGAACGUAUUACAAAUGACUUUUCUGACCAGAACAAAGUUGGCAGUGGUGGAUAUGGAGAUAUUUAUAAGGGGGUGCUAGACAAUGGAGAAGAGAUUGCUGUUAAGAAACUUCAUCAUCGUCAAAUGUUGUUCAUUACUGACAAGCAAUUUAAGAAUGAGGUUAUUAAUCUAAUGAGGGUCGAACAUGAAAAUAUCGUACGGUUAGUUGGCUACUGCCACCAUACAUCACAAAUAUUUGUUGAGUACGAAGGAAAACAUGUAUCUGCUAGUGUGCUAGAAAGAGCAAUUUGUUUCGAAUACAUGCAAGGUGGAAGCCUUGACGAUCAACUUUCAGCUGAAUCCUGCAAACUUGAUUGGGACAAAUGUUACAAAAUAAUAAAAGGAAUAUGUGAGGGUUUACAUUACCUUCAUAAUUCCGUUAAUCCCAUUUACCAUCUGGACUUAAAACCAGCAAAUAUUUUGUUGGAUAAGGAUAUGGUGGCAAAAAUUGGUGAUUUUGGCUUGUCAAGACUCUUUGAUUCAGCGCAAACCUAUAUCACAGCAUCCCGAGAUCUUAAAGGAACAUUUGGAUACAUGCCGCCAGAAUACAUCAACGGACAAAUAAUCAGUCCGAAGUUUGAUGUAUUUAGUCUCGGGGUCAUAAUCAUACAAGUAAUGGCAGGAAAGGAGGGCUACUUCAAUUGUCAAGACACCCAUCCGAAAGAUUUUAUUGAUCAUGUGCUUGAAAAAUGGCGAGUGAGGCAGCAGGCAACAAUGUCGUCCCAUGUAUCUGAAGAAGUGAGGACAUGCAUUGAAAUAGCAUUAAAAUGUGUGGAGCAUGACAGAAAUCAAAGGCCUAAGAUAGCCCAGAUUGUUAAUGAAUUAAGUAACAUUGGUAUUGCUAAGAGUUCACCAGUAGGUCAGGUGCAGACAACAAUAUCGCCCCAUGUAUCUGAAGAAGUGAGGACAUGCAUCGAAAUAGUGUUAAAAUGUGUGGAGGAUGACAGAAUGCGAAGGCCUACAAUAGCACAGAUUGUUAAUGAACUAAGUAAGAUUGGUAUUGCUAAAGGUUCACCCAUCAGCCAGAUUUCCCAAGCUACAUUUUCCAGCCCACAGCAGGUGGCACAGCCGGAACAAGGAGGAAGCCAUGAGGCAAACAAGCUGACUAGAACGCCAUUGGGAGAAACGUCAAGAUCAGGCCCUGGCCAAGCGUGCAGAAAGCUUAAUUUGUGGAAGUGGAACGUAAAACUGAAUCUGAAGAGGAAAGUAAAACUGAAGCUGAAGAGGAACGAAAGCUGA